UUGAGGAAGUCGUGUAAUAGAACUGGGGGAUGAAGAGCCCGUGUUUGUUCUAAAGGUGAGCCGCAGAAGAGUUCAGGGAGCGUCAAUAAAACCAUCCCGAUAGUACACAUACACACUCGCGGCUGGAUCAGAACACGUUUGCAUUAUGCAUUCGGACUGCAGGCUGCUGGGAUGGACGCGUCGGUAAUGGUGGGCAGAGGGACCGGAGGGACUGCGGUCGUCAUCCUGAUCGUCUUCAUCCUCCUCCUCGGUGCCAGAAGCUCUUGGGCGCAGAAAGGAGACGGUUGUGGACAUACUGUUCUGGGUGUGGGUACUGGGAGCUUGGCGUCUCUAGGGUAUCCUCUGUCCUAUCCCACACAUUCUGUGUGUGAGUGGGAGAUCAGUGUGACCACUGGACACACCAUUCUUGUGCUCAUCGCUGACCUUGACAUCAACACAAAUAACUGCCAGGUGUCUUACCUCAGACUCUAUAAUGGUGUCGGAUCCGGACGAACAGAAAUUGUGAAGUUCUGUGGAGGGAGAGAAUGGAGAGAUGCUGUAAUUGAAUCAGAGGGGCAUCAGGUCACAGUGCAGUUCAUGAGUGGACCACACAGCAACGGCCGUGGCUUCUUCCUCUCCUACACCACCAAUCAGCAUACAGAUCUCAUCUCCUGCCUGGAGAAAGGAGAGCACUUCAAUGAAGCGGAGUUCAGUAAAUUCUGUCCUGCGGGAUGCCUGAUUAAUUUCGAAGAGGUUUCGGGAACCAUACCCCAUGGAUACAGAGACUCAUCUCCACUGUGUCUGGCCGGCAUUCAUGCGGGUGUGGUCUCCAACACUCUGGGAGGGCAAAUCAGUGUGGUCAGCAGCAAAGGCAUCCCACACUAUGAAAGCUCACUGGCUAACAAUGUGACAUCUGUGCCUGGUAAUCUCUCCCCCAGCCUUUUUACCUUCAAAACUAGCGGUUGCUACGGCACUUUGGGUUUGGAGUCAGGAGUGGUCAGCAGCUCUCAUAUCACAGCCUCUUCGAUGUGGGAAUGGGGCGGUCAUGGAAAGGAACCAACCGUCUGGGGCCCCGGAGGAGCCCGCCUCAAAACACAGGGACGUCCAUGGGUAGCAGCCAACAGCGACACAAAAGAAUGGAUUCAAGUGGACCUGAAGAAGGAGAAAAGAAUAACAGGUAUUACUACCACGGGCUCCACCCUCACAGAAUAUCAGUUUUACGUUUCAGCCUUUGAGGUGCUAUAUAGCCAUGAUGGACAGCAAUGGGAAGCCUAUCAAGACUUGGGAUCAGAUAAAAACAAGAUUUUCCAAGGCAACACCAACUAUAUACAGGAAGUGCGGAACAACUUUAUUCCACCAAUUGAAGCACGGUUUAUCCGAAUAUGCCCCUUUCAGUGGCACCAGAGAAUUGCCCUUAAAAUGGAGCUACUGGGCUGUCAACCACACGCAGCGAGGCCAAGAAUAUUCCAUCCAGCCCGCCCUCCCCCUCACAGAAAAAGCACAGUACCUCCUCUACAGGAGAGGACAACACACACGCCUAACAUCCGAAACACGACCAUGCCUCCUCACACUCAUGAUGAGGUGGCGCUGGUGGCAGUGUUGGUGCCUGUACUGGUGGUAGUUCUGACAACGCCCAUUUUAGUGAUGGUCUGCUCAUGGCUGUGGAAGAACAGAAAAAGCCCAGAGGCAAAUUAUGAGCUUCCACACUGGGAACGCACAGUGUGGUGGAAGAGUAUGAAACAGUUGCUGCCCUCUAAGCUGGACGGAGACGAAUGUGUUCGCUACAGUUCAACAGCAAGAGUGGAUCACCAGAGACCACGAGUUGAGCCUGCAGAAUACGCUCAACCACUUGUCAGUGGCACCAUGGCCUCUCUGGGACAGAGGUCAACCUUUAAGCCUGAAGAGGGUGUAGACCCUGAGUAUGAUGCACCUAUUCCUCCAGAACAUUACCAUGCUUAUGCUGAGCCCCUUCCCGCAUCCGGGUCUGAAUAUGCCAUUCCAAUCAUGAUUGACAGGGCUAACCACAUAUCAGGAAGUACACUACCAUUCAGGGGGCAAGGUGUACUUGCUCGGACAGACAGCUGCCAAUCAGCAAGAUCUGUGUAUGACACACCCAAGAGCACAUCUGAUCAAGCCACGCCAACGGAGGGACAGUUGUACCAGGUUCCUCAGAAUACCCACAAUAUACCAUGUCAGAAAACAGACCAAUGUUUCAUGUGAAUCAAGCAUUGGCUGUUUUGAAAUCCCUUAGCUGGACACUACCUUCCCCUAAAGAAUAGCAGAUGAGAAUGUGUGUGUUUGUGCCGCUCAAUUUGAGAAGGCUAGCUUCUCAAAUUGUCCUAUCACUGAAAUAACACACAGGAAUGUCAGGAAAGAGACAACAGCAGAGAUUUUGUUACACUACUUUGCUUUGUGGAUGUUUCUUCAUGUUCCUGUGUCUAAAUGUGUAUGGGACAAGUGUAUAUAUUUGUGACUGUGCUCUGCUAUCAAACUGUGACUCCUUACAUUUAUGUGCAUUUUCCUGAGACCUGAGAUGAAUUAAUCUCUGCAGCUCAUUCCGAGGCACAUUCUUCCCCUUACACAAAUAUAUAUUUUCAAUAAAAAAAAAAUGACCUUACACUGAAUAACAAACUAUCACAUUACAAAUUAAUAGGCAAACACUCUUUUUACACUGUGGUCAUUUUGCACUGGUGGAUUAUUGUAUUACGCUGUUUUAUAGGUAUGCUUUCUUUGCGACAUAGUAUCAAGACCUUAUGCUUGUUUCAUGAAUUCUGUUCCAGACCCUAGUGAACAGCCUUGCAUUCAACUGCCUACAUAGGCAACUGUCUUCUAAAGCCCAAAGUAUAUUUCAUUCAGACGCAAAUGCAAAAAUCAAUGCAAAAAUGCAAAAAGCGUUUCAUGCUAGCAUGUUGCUAAGCUAAUAUCAUACUACUCUAAUACACACAUAAAUAUUUGGCAAAAUAUUCAGUUUUAAUUCGACUGGACUGUUUUUAAUCAAUACAUUUAUGUAUUGAUUGAAAUAAAAGUAUAUUUAGUAUCAACAUUUUUCGAGUCAUCAACCAACUUGGAUGAACUUUUCAGUGAGCCAUAUAAAAAUACAUUCUGGCAUUGUUGUCUGAGUGAAAGAUACUGCCAUGCUGCCUUAAAAUGUGGCCAAGAGAGGGUAUCUUUGGCCAAAAGAAAGUGUCUGCCAUUUGAAAAACCUUCCAAGCUGCCUUAAAAUGAUGUUUUGGUAGGCUGUUCAGUAGGUAGCAUUUUGUGGUUUGAUUAAGUUUGAGUAUUGAAUAAUAAAACAGAGUGAUUGGGAUUGACAAACAUUUAUUCAGCAAAGAAACUAGCAAUGCUUGGGCAGAAUAAUGACAACAAUAAUCGACAACUGCAUUGUCUUUUCCCCUGGAAAGGUCCUCAGUGUACGACUGCACAUACACAUUCAUGCCAAAUGUCUUUAUUCGUGCUUAUCAAAAGCCUGUGCCACACAAAGAUACAUUUUUUUAUUUAUUAUGUUUUCCUGCUGAUGUUUGUUGUAUUACUACUCCCAAACCACUAUCCAGCAUGCACUGUUUCAAUGGUUACACUGUCCUAAUGGAUACCUUGCCGAAUGUGACCCUUUUGUGGUCAAAGGUUAGAGCAAAAUACAGGAUGCUGACAUUCUUGCCUAUAAUAGGAUUCACUCUGUGCCAAGUUGUCUUCUUUAUAUAUCUUGUAUGCUUUUUUGGAUUGUAGACUUGAAGACCAAACAACCUGAUGGAUAAUUAAGUCCAAAUAUAUUAUCCAUUUUAUCUAAUGAUAUCAGACCAAACAUUGCCUCAUGUUAUGGAUUAUGGAUGCAAGGAUGUUGCAUGUUCUCAGUCAGAUUUGCUAAUGUACACUGUUACAUUAGUCAAUUACCAUGAUACAUCACAUGUAAUGUGUCCCACAAGUCAUCUUUUGGUACUUGCAUUAGUUGAAUGAAAUGUGUUGUAACGUCCACAGUGGUGUGUCUCCUUUGUUUAAAAACAUGCAAUAUGGAUGUGUGUGCAUUGUGUUUCAGUGUCUUUGUGAACUUGAAAGAUUUAUGUGCUUGUCUGCUUUAGUCCUUGAAUUCUUAUCAGUUUUGUUAUGCAAUGCAUUUCUGUGCACUGUAGCCACAAGCCUGUAUGAGUUUAUGCGUGUCUGCUGUUCACUUUACAUCUGUCUCUAAAUGAUGAUUGGUACUGUAGAAUGAUUGUAUAGAAAAACAAUUUUAGAAUGUUAAAUUUAAGUUUUAUUAAAAAAUAAAAUUUAACUACAUUUACAUGUAUGCAUUUGGCAGACGCUUUUAUCCAAAGUGACUUACAGUGCAAUUAUUACAGGGACAAUCCCCCCGGAGCAACCUGGAGCUAAGUGAGGUGGCUGUGAGGUUAGAACCUGUGACCUUCUGAUUAACAGCCCUGUGCUUUAGCCACUACGCCGCCACCACCACCACUCCUACUACUGAUCAUAAUUUUUAGACAAUCAAUACACUGGUUCUGUAAUUUAUGCAGCAGUAUUAUUUCUUAUUUUUACUUUUCAAAAUAAUGUAUAAAAUGUAAACUGUUCCACCUAAUGCAACGGAUGAUUUUAAAAACCAAAAUCAUAAUACAAAAUAGGCUACAGUUGAACUUCACAAUAUCCUUGGGUAGCUGACAAAUAACAUUAACUUAUUUCAAUGUCAAGACCUUUUAAAUCACCAAAUGAACUUUUUACUGUUAAUGUAAAAGGUCCUGCUGUGUGUGCGAGAGCCGUUUAAAGUGGGUUUAGACGAAGUAUUGCAUUUUACAUGUUAUGUCAACAACCCCUUUUAAUUUGCCCUAAAUUCAGUUCCCAAUAAACAAAUUUAGUAAAAUUAUCUAGUGUAGCUGAAACUGAUUUCCCUCUGACAGAAUCUGAUUGAAUGUCAAAUGUAUUUUAGAAACUGUCAUACUGAACAAAAGUAACUUUUUAAACUAUUUAGAGUGUUGAAAUCGUGAAACAUUGUCCAACAUCAACCAAGCGUGCAAACUGAUACAUUCUCAUACAACAUUUAUAUGCAAAAUUACAAAGUAUUGUAUGCUGUUCAAUAAGCAGACACUGUGCUCAAUACGGAAACACAGCGUUGUUUAGUCAUGUGCAGUGAUGUAGUGGUGAAAAAAAAGGUGGUAAAACUAUUAAUUUCUCCGGAUAAUUUUGAUACGCCAAAUCAUUCAUCAAUAUAAUGGAAAACAUAUUACAUUUUUAAACAGUAUCAAUUAAUUGCAUUGAUGCAAGUCUACUAAAAAGGAAAGCCUAGUGUAGGUAAAUUAAUCAGGUUAUAAU